UCACAAACAGAUUUAAACACUGCACAGACCCUAUCAACCACGACUGUUAUCUGAAAUGGUCCAUCUGACUUUACUCGAAUGGGAGGAAUCUUUCUGAAUUGUGGGCUCUCCGGUUCCAAAAUAUUCAUAGUCCCUCCCUCCUCUUCCCCAAUUCCGUCUCCUUGAAGGGGUUUGUUUCGGACCAUGGCGGUACACCCUGAACGUGUGACUGUAUACGUGGCGUUUCAUCUUGUUGUGCUGGUGUUUUUUAACUUAAGCGUCUGCGUCUCGGCCAGCGGCAGCUCCAGUGUUUUGUCGCUGCUGCCUCCCUAUGACUUUCUGUAUUACAGCGGCGUGCGCGCAUAUUACGGAGGGGAAUGGAGCAAAGCUGCAGAGCUGCUGGAGAAAUCCAUCGUCACCAAGGAGUCGCUGCUGAGAGUCCGCAGGCAGUGUCACGAUGAGUGUGUGGCAGCCGGGGCAGGCGCUCUCCAAAACCUGGACUCUGAAGAGGGCAGUAUGUGGGAUCUGUGGACCUUGGACUGGAUUCAGCAGCGAGCUGAGUGUUUGAGGUUCUGUAUGGGGCGCACAGUCACCCCUACAGGACAACUCCCUGUCUCCACUGACAUUGAAUAUGAAUUUGACACCCGCAACCCGUAUAACUUUCUGCAAGUUACAUACUACAAGUUGGAGAAGUUGAAGAAGGCGGCAUCAGCGGCUCAUACUUACUUUGUGGCCAACCCCAGUCACCUGGAGAUGAGAAACAACAUUGAAAAGUACAGACGGAUGGAAGGGGUGACUGAGGACGAUUUCCAGGACAGAGAGAUUGAGAAUGAGAGACACUGGGUCCUGUAUGACGCUGCCCUCCAGCUCGAGGCCUCCUCUGACUGGGCGCCGGCAGCAGAGAGGUGGAAAGCUUGUGUGAACCAAACACUGCGGCAGACGGAGGAGUGCAGGGUGCAGUGUGAGCUCGCCCAGCAGCGGCUGCCAGAGGACAGGGGAGUGGAGGGAGUGACUGGCGCAUUUGAAAAGGCCGCUGCCCUGUCGCUCUCUCUGCUGGCCUGCCGGCAGACCUGUGUGACUCAGGUGGCCACACGGCCUGGAAGGAUCUCAGCUCAGGAGGACUUUUUGCCUACACAGCUGGAACAUCUCCAUAUUGCUCAAUAUAAAGCUGGAGAUGUCAGUGGAGCCCUGCAGACUCUGCGCUCUUAUCUCCUGCUCUACCCCUCGGACAAGGACUCCUUAGACAACCUGCAACUCUACUAUGAGACACUAGGUGGAGAUGCAGAGUCACGGCACACACAGCCUGCUCAGGAGAUUGUCAGAUACUUCCAUCGCUCCUUGCAGGAGAAAAAACUGCUGUAUUUUGGCAUGGAGAGCCUUGAUUUCAGUUUCACUGAUCCAGAUCUUUGGACUCCAGAGGAUGUUGUGCCUGAAUCCCUGCGACAACGUUGGAGGUCUGAGAGAGAGAAAAUAAAUGACAAAAUUAAAGAAGGAGAGCAGGUAGAGGAAGUGGAUGACAGUGGGUUUUUUGCAGGAGGACCAGUCCCACAGGUGGGGGUGACCAUCACUAUGGAUGAGGAGGCUCUGAAAGGGACAAAUCGAGUUGUCCUGGAUGGAGUCAUGACUGGGAUGGAGUGCGACAGGAUACUGCAAUUAGCAGCCGUUGCGGCAUCCCUCGGAGACGGUUACCGGGGGCGACGAUCUCCGCACACCCCGCACGAAACCUUUGAAGGUUUGACUGUCCUCCGGGCUGUGAAGCUGGCUCAGGAUGGCCUGGUGAACCAAUCAGAUACCAGGCUCCUGCACGAGCUGGGCGAGAGGGUCAGGGUCCUGCUGCACUCCUACUUCAGGAGCCCCUCAGGACUUUUCAUCUCUUUCACCCAUCUGGUGUGCCGCACGGCUAUUGCAGGGGACCAGGAGGGCCGGCUGGAUCUGUCUCACCCUGUCCACGUUGACAACUGCCUCCUUGAACCGGAGACCAAUCAGUGCUGGAGGGAACCACCAGCCUUCGUGCACAGAGACCUCAGUGCGAUUCUCUAUCUGAAUGACAACUUUGAUGGUGGAGAGUUGUUUUUCACCAAAAGAGAUGCCACCACCGUAACGGCUCGGGUGAAGCCCGGCUGCGGCCGACUGGUGGGCUUUUCCUCGGGUCCGGUAAAUCCCCACGGCGUGAGUGCCGUGACCAGAGGCCGACGGUGCGCGCUGGCCCUGUGGUUCACAAAGGAGAAGCUCUACAGGGACAUGGAGCGAGAAGAGGCAGAGCUCCUGUGGGCAGCUGAUGGACAGGGCGGGUUGAAAAAGGAUGAAGAGGAGACGGAGGGCAGCGCCACCGCUGGCCGCAACGCUCGUAGCCACGCGCCGAAGCAGACGAGCCGAGGAAGAGGCAGCGUGACGGGGCGCAAAGAUGAGCUUUGAUACCCCCAACAAAUGUGACAGACUCUUCCUGGGAUAUAUUUUUAUUCAUUCUAGUGGAAAAACCCACUUUGCAACAUAAGUAUUCCACCCAUUUGUACACAAUACUGAAAGAACAGUCAUUUCAUGUGGCUCUUUUUUUUGUCAUAUCGUGUUUGAUGUGUAUAUGCUUAAUUUAUAUGAGAGAAGCUGUGUCCUCUCGUGUGUGUUGUCAAGUCUUCACUUUUGAUCAAGAGCCUGUGCUAAUCACUGAUUUUUCAAAUGAGGAGAAUAAAUUGUGUAUUAAAAAUCAUUCUUUCAGUGUUGCAUGAGGGUUACGUGCCAAAUGCACGCAAGCCGUAGAGCAGAAAGAGGAUUACACCAAGAGUAAGGUCAAAAAGGGG